CAACAGGAUGGAAACCGGAAAGCAGCAGAUCGAGGAAGACGAACAGCGACAGCGGAGCGAGCUCACUUCGGCGAUUAACCGCUUCAUGCGGCGGGUGCCGAAGAGAGCUCACAUUGAAGAGCAGCACGAACCCGGCAAAUUCGUUCGACCGCUAUCUCCAAUUCACGACAAUGGCGCAGCUGGUAGUGAUGCCGAACUUCCAGAAACUUCGCACAAGGUUAUUAAUCGGAAAGUUACGGAGAAACUUACAAAUGAGUUAUCCAGAGUGAAGGCAGAACUUGAAAUGAUGCGAUUGGAGAAAGAGAAGCUAUGUCAGAUUUUGGCUAAUAGAGAUCAUGAAGAAAACGAGUUCUAUACAGCUAAAUCGAGUACGAUGCGUGAGGAACAAGCUACCACAAACGAGACAUUCCUCACAACGAUGAGUAAUAUGUCCCGGAGUACUCUAAAUAUACCCGAAUGUGCUCCAAUAGCUGGCGAGACGGAGCUGAACAAGCGAUCAUACGACCAUUGGAAAAACGUGUUGAAUGCAUCCAUGAACCUUAUUCAAGCUACCGAUGAGUCAACUAAGAUGAAUUUGUUUCGUAUCAAAGCUGGUCCUCUACUACUCGAACUACUUGAUGGUACCAACACACAAGAAGAAAUGCCAGAUGAGAAACAAUAUCCAUUCUUGAACGCAAUUGCCCGGUUGGAUGCGCAUUUUGAUUCAAGAGCAUACGUACUGUCUCAGCGAAGUAAGUUGGCCAAUAUGGUACAAAGCAAUGGAGAAUCGAACAUCCAAUAUGUACAACGGGUUGCGGCGGCAUCAAAAUUAUGCAGUUAUAAACAGGAUGAAGAAUUCGAAGCAAUUUCUAGAACAGUGACCAGAGGGUCGACAGAUAGUCGUAUUAGAACUUUUGCCUACCGAGUAUUAAUCAAUGGAGGCUCCCUGAACGAUUUGAUGGACCGGGUUCGCAGCCGAGAAGUGGAGCUACAAAUGAGAAUGAUUAUUGCAGAUUGCACCAGAAGCAAUCUGCUACAGUAGCAGCCGUUACACGCUAUAAUAAUGUGCCACGUCAGCGUAUAAAGGAUCAUUCGAAACGUAUAAAGGAUACAACAAUCGUGGUAGAGGAUCAUUCAAUCAUGGUAUAAUGAGAAAUCAAAGACGUUCUCAAGCAUGUUGGAGGUGUUCAAGCGCGUACCAUACACCCGAGGAUUGUUUCCACGUCAACAAAAUAUGUCGCAGUUGCAACCGCCGCGGUCACAUAGCUAGAGCAUGCUCUACACAAGGUAAACAGGAACUGA